GAGGCGGCGGGAGCCGAGCCCGAGCGGACCGAGCCGCGGCCGCAGCCGGGCGGCGGGCGCAGAGGAGAGCGGCGGCGGGCAGGCGGUCAGUCAGGCGACGGCGACGAUGCGGCGGCCCCGCUGAGCCCGCCAGCUCCGGGCGCCUGGGGCCGGCCGCGCGAGGCGGCCGGGGCUGGGCGGCAGCAUGCGGAGCGGCGAGGAGCUGGACGGCUUCGAGGGCGAGGCCUCGAGCACCUCCAUGAUCUCCGGCGCCAGCAGCCCGUACCAGCCCACCACCGAGCCGGUGAGCCAGCGCCGCGGGCUGGCCGGCCUGCGCUGCGACCCCGACUACCUGCGCAGCGCGCUAGGCUGCCUCAAGGUCGCCCAAGUGAUUUUGGCCCUGAUUGCAUUUAUCUGCAUAGAGACCAUCAUGGAGUGCUCCCCAUGUGAAGGCCUCUACUUUUUUGAGUUCGUGAGCUGCAGUGCGUUUGUGGUGACCGGAGUCUUGCUGAUUCUAUUCAGUCUCAACCUUCACAUGAGGAUCCCCCAGAUCAACUGGAACUUGACAGAUUUGGUCAACACUGGACUCAGCACUUUCUUUUUCUUUAUUGCUUCAAUUGUACUGGCUGCUUUAAAUCACAAAACCGGAGCAGAAAUUGCUGCCGUGAUAUUCGGCUUCUUGGCCACCGCAGUGUACGCGGUGAACACGUUCCUGGCAGCGCAGAAGUGGAGAGUCAGCCUCCGGCAGCAGAGCGCCAACGACUACAUCCGCGCCCGCACAGAGUCCCGAGAUGUGGACGGACGGCCGGAGAUCCAGCGCCUGGACACGUGAGGCCGAGCCAGAGUCCUCCUCCCGCUGUUCCUCGCCCGUCCUUUCAAUCAAGUUUUCCUUCCCUCAUCACGUCAGAUUUUCAUGCGAUUAAGUUGAAUUUUGUCCUCUUUGGUAAAAGUUCAUUUUGGGAAAGGGUUCUCAGAGUGGCCCUGGUGGCAGUGUGUGCGGCAGGGAGCCCCGUGUCCAGCUCUUCGGACAGAGGUGGGCGGGAGAGGCCCAUAGAUCCUCUGGUUUGGCGGCUAGAGGAGCCGCUGGCCUCACUGGCUGUCUUGCCCUCUUUAGGUCUUCACUGUCCCUGAGCACAAGCUUCAGCAUCUGACUGUGAGCCACCCCAUCAUAUGUAUUUGUGACAAGUCAGGACUUUGGAUUAAAGUGGGGGCUGCUAGGAAGGAAAAAAAUCAAGGCGUGGCGGUAUAGGGUGGGAAUGGUAGGUGAGUAGCGAUUCCUGGGUGGCCCCCAAGGUGAGCCCUGGGUCAGCUUUAGUCUCCCUGCCAGGGUCCUCCCCCGCUCCUUGUCUUCCAUGCCUGGGCAUUGAGACACCAGCACUAGAAAGCCAUGUAUGACACUGGGGGCCUUGGUGCUGGGUGUGCUGGUGGAGUUCUUGGCUGGCCGUGGGCUUUAUGGGGAUGGGAAAAAAAGCUGGUGUCCUCGGGACGGCGCCACAGCACUGCUGACCUGCAGGAGGGUUGCUCUUUCCUACCCUGCUGAGAAAUCCCUUGAUGCUUCUUCAAAUGAAUCACCUCCUUGAAUCCCAGACUCUCCCCCAGGAAUGUGGGGACCAUUUUAUUUUCCAGUUUCCGACCUACCUUCAAUACUUUGAGGCUGGACUGCAGAUUUUCUGUCCUUUUACCUUUUCAGGUAAAAGCUAUAAAAGAAACACAGUCCACUCCACCAGCCAGAAUCCUUGCCCAUUUGCUGGCGUCAUGGACCACAGGUGAGGACCCACCUCUCUUUUAGGGGUGUGUGAUUUUCAAAUGCCUGAGAAGAGUUCUAGAGUGACUCUGAGUAGAUCUGUCUAGGAUUUGAAAAUACUUGAAUCUGCACCACGACACACCCUCUCACUGAUGUUGCAGAGGCAACGGCGACCCUGUGCCUCAUGGUCGUAACUAUGAACGUCGGACGAUCCUGGAAGCUGUUGGGGAAAAUACUAGUUACACGAGGUUUUGAACUGACAAUUGGUGAAGUGAAGAUUAUUGUGGUGACUAAGUUAAUUGAGCCCCUGUGAUGCUGUAGGUUUUUUUGAUUUUUUUUUUUUUCUGUUACAGACUAAUUGUAUCUUUUAUGGGAAAAUUGUUUUAACCUGUCAGGUUUUCAAUGCUUUGAACUGUUUUUAAUGUUUACAAACCUCACUCUAGUUCUAAUAUUUUGUGUUUCACCCUCUCCAAGGAAAAAAAGGCUCACUGCUGGUGGGAAGAGUUUAUGUUAAUGUGGAGAGUCCCCAGGAUCUUGUCCUGCUGCAUGUUUACAGCGUCAGCAGUGUAGUAAUGAGAGCGAGCGCGCUCUGUCUGGAGGUGGGGGAGCAGAGCCGGUGUGGGAAAACGUCCUCGCGUGCGCACGUGGCAGCGCGGUCUUCAUAGCAGAGCAGCCUCUGCUUUCCCAGCGCAGGUGGAUUGAAGGGGUGGCCCCGCUCGGCCGGGGAGCCCAUGGGAAAUGGUACCGUGUUGUCCCUGAAGGCGCAGGGUGAGGGGCUGGCUCGGUGAACUGAACAUCCCACACAGUCCAAGUUCUGCUGCACUUCCUUUCCAGGGCAGUGACCCAGGUCAGUGUGCAAGGCCCUGGUCUGCUCAGGGGCUGUGGGUAACUCCCCUUCCCUCUGUCCUGCAGAGGACAGCCAGGCCUGGUCACAGCGGGUCACAUGGAGCCCUCUUCCCAUGGAUGUUGUGAGGCAAUAAAAACCAGUGCCUCACAAACUUUGAACCUAUUAUACGUAGUGAUUUUUGAGGGGAUUUUGACAUCUGGAUUUUAUCUGUUCACUUUAUAUAUUUAUUUUGCAUUUGUUGAGUGUAUAUGCUUAGUCAGAACGGGGCUUACCUCCUUUGGAGAGUUCCAUUUAAAAACAGGGUCACAAAGACUCAGGCUUGCAUUUAAUGGGGCCCACUUGGAAGGACCACCCUGAACUUUAUCAAAAAUCUCCUGCUGGGAAUCAUGUUACUUGGUCUCAAUAAAAAGCCACCUUUGAAGUGUGAUUGAAAAAAGACCAUUCAGGCAGGGUUGUAGCCUGUUUUCCCAAGUCACUCCACUAAGACCAGUUUAUCAUCUGGUAGAAAGGAGCCUGUUGGCCCCCUGAGGAUGUGUUGCCAGCUGCAAGGAGUGGGUCUGAAGCCCAUGGAAGUUGUGAAUGCCGAUAGAUGAUAAAAAGUGGUGACACCUUGUGCCAUAGGCCACUUAGGAAGUAAUUUUCAUUUUAGUAUUAGAAUCCUUGGAAUUAUUUAUGUCCUUGUAACUAUUUAAUGUCCUCUGUGCCAUGAGGCUCUCCCGUUGUUUUCGUAAAUAUGUUUCUUUAUAUUUAAUUAGCUCCCACUACAACCAGAAGAGGCCAGGUGCGAUGCAGAGUCACACAUCAUGUCACCUAUUGGCAGUGUGGUGAGAAAUAGGAAGGAAAUAAUAGUUGUCUAGUGUGAAUGGAAAAACACCUGUGUUUUCCUUAUGUUAUCUCUGUGUGCAAACAAGACGUUGUAGAUUUGGGGGGCUUAAAAGGGCUCUUUUUUUUUUUUUCCUCCCCAAAUUGAAGGAAGCAUAUUUUUGCAUUUAAUAGUUUCAGUCUGAACCAAAGUCGCUUUGGUUUGGGGUAUUUUUAAGGCUGAGGCAGUCUUAGUGUUUCUUAAUUUUCUGGUCGGAUGAUAUUGGCUUUCACAGUUGGUGCCAAACUUGUGUACGUUUGAAUUUGUUCCUGGAGGCUGGAUGGUUGAAACCCUCAAGUAUUUGAUGGGACCUCUGGUGGUUUUAGAUGGAUGCAAACACUGACGUCUUCAGAGAAAGUUUAUCUUGGCACCAGUGUGGUCGAUGUGGUAUUUUUUUUCCCCUCUAAUCCUCCCUUAUCCUCCCCUCACGCUGCUGAAAGCAUGGGGGGAAGUACCUUUGCCCUUUUCUCCCUUCAUACAGCGAGAUUACAGUCCUGAGCGCCUAAAGAUCCUUGACGGCUCCAUAUGAAGCCGGGGAAGGACAACAGCAGAUUACAGAUUUAAGCUUCCUGACAGUAGUUUGAUUUAAAGUGAAGAAAAUAAACUUUCACUCUGUGCAGCAGCAGCAAUCUUCCACGAGUGAUUACCUUUGCACAGAAAGGCAAGCGUGUAGUAGCCUGCCCAGUCCAGGAUCCAUGUCUUGACUGGCAACUUGAACCAACCUGCCAGGGUGCAUGGAGCCCAGCCUGGCCACGGGGAAGCCGAGGACCCAGCCUGGCUCUGAGGGUUCAGCUCUAGGAGGUGGAUGCCAGCCCCAGCCUUUUGAACACCGUCACUGUCCCUUAGCAGGAAGGCUCAUUCCCAUGGGCAGGCGUGGAGUGUAUCUGACCUCCACCCUGGGCCAGAUGCUUGGGGAGAGAGCUUUGUGACUCAGCUGAAAACAUUCCUACUCUUUUUUUUUUUUUUUGUCUUUUUAGGGCCACACCCAAGGCAUAUGGAG